AUGGCUGAAGAAGCGAUUGCCCCCUGGUAUGCUCAAAUUUCAUCUUCUUUCGACAAGGAUGCUAGGCUUGCUAUCCUGGCUGGUUUUUAUGCUGCUCUGAUUGAUGAAGAGCUACGUCUGGAAGAAGUCAAACUUCGUGCAAAAGAGCAAGAGCUUCUUGCUGCAAUUAAUCCACCAUCUUCAAUUGGAGCUUCGGUCCCUUUGUUUGAAGCUUAUAGCUCUCAAGUGGCUCCUGAAAUUCUUGAGGUUCCUCCGGCAGGAACUCCUGUUGUUCCUUUGCCAAUUGUUUCUUCAUCAGUGGUUGUUGCUUCUUCACCAACCACUUCCCUUCCCGUUAUCGAGCUUACAUCCCCUGUAAGCUCAGAAAAAUCCCUUGCUAAAAUUGCCCCUGUCAAACACCCGGGAUGCAAACUCACUAGAGCUCCUCCCUCUAAAAGGAGACUCGUUGUUCCUGAUGAGGAAUUACUCUCAGAAGGUUUUGCUUCUGCCACCCUUUCUUCUUCCGAGGCUACUUUGGUUGAUCUCUAUCCUUCCCUUAUUUUUUCCUCUUCACCUUCUUCUAGCAGUACUACCCCUGGUAGUACCUCUUUUACUUUUCCCCUAUCUCUUCCAGAAUCGGGGUCUUUACUUACUUCAUCUUCUUCUUAUUUGGUUUUUGCUCCCCCUUCUAUUCUAACUUCCUCUUUUUCUACCACUUCCUCUUCUAUCCCUAUUCUCCCUAUAUUGCUGGGAGGUUCUUUCACCACCGCUCGGGAGGAAAUUCGCCCUCUCUUUGGAGAACUUACCCCUCCCGAGAUAAUCGAUCAAUUCUCUCAUGAGGAAACCAAGAUGGCCAAUAUGGGUCUAGCUCGACUAAUGCAUAACUUAUAUUAUGAGAACGAGAAGCUGAAACAACAAGUUGCUGAGAUGUCUUCUACCACCCUCUCAGAAUAA